AUGAACCCCCGCGUUGAAGACGUACUACUCGAAGUGCCGAUUGAGCCAAGUCGAACGCGGAGAUCUCCGAAAUCGACGACAGUGUUUGAACCGCUUCGGAUAUAUCUCCAUUAUGACGAGUCCGUGCUGAAUCUGCCUAGUGAAAAACAGCUGUUUGUAAAUAGUUCUCUUCUACCUGAAGCUGCUGGUUACUGGGAGGAUGUGCUUCGGGUGGCACGUACGGAAGCUCCCAUACGCCUUCGACGAAAAUGUACCUCAUCGUUCUACUACUAUCGCAAUGAGAAAAAGACGAUAGCAUGUGAUCGAGGCUGCCGGGCGGAGACGAACUGCGGUGAGAGCACUAUACCAGCGGAACAUCUGCUGGUAGGCCAUUACAUUACCGAUUCACUUGAUCCUACUUUCAAUUCCAUAUCUCCUGUUACAUUUCUAGCUUACAUAUACCAAAAUUUCGUACAGUUU